CCACUUUAUAUAAGGCUGGAAAAGGACCACAAAAUCCAUGCCCUGCUCAUUCCCAGAAUGCAGAUUUUCAUGGCCAAGAACCACCACUACCCUUCUGCUUGGCUGAUUUUCCUGCUUCUUGGCUUCCUCCUCCUUGGCCAUGGCCUUUUCCAAGCUCAAGCUUCUCACCCUGUCUACAGGCACCUUCAGUCUCUGCAAUCUUCUCCUUCAAACCAGCCUUACAGAACUUCUUAUCACUUCCAGCCUCCCAAAAACUGGAUGAACGGUAUGUUACUUUCCAAUCUGCUUAAUUUCUGUUUCUAAUCGGUUUCCUCUUGUCAAUGCAUCUAACUGUUUGAACUUUUGAUGUUUCGUGUUGUGCUGCGCGCUUGUUGGAUCUACUAAUGGGUAUCCUCAGAUCCUAAUGGGCCUAUGAUUUACAAGGGAAUUUACCAUUUGUUCUACCAGUACAACCCUUUUGGUGCAGUUUGGGGGCACAUAGUGUGGGCACAUUCGACUUCCACUGAUCUUAUCAACUGGACCCCUCACAGCCAUGCCAUCUACCCGAGCCAGCCAUCCGAUGUAAACGGGUGCUGGUCAGGCUCUGCCACGAUGCUGCCGGGUGGGAAACCGGUUAUCCUCUACACCGGAAUCAACCAAAACAACCAGCAGGUCCAGAAUCUGGCCAUGCCCAAAAACCUAUCUGAUCCAUACCUCAUAGAAUGGAUCAAAUCACCAGUGAAUCCAUUAAUGGCACCUGAUAACAUAAACAAAAUCAAUGCAAGCUCAUUCAGGGACCCUACCACAGCCUGGCGAGGACCUGAUGGGAAAUGGAGAGUGAUCGUUGGAAACAAAAGAAAGAGCAGGGGAAUGGCAAUUCUGUACCGGAGCAAGGAUUUCAUCCGGUGGACCAAAGCUCAGCACCCUCUGCAUUCGGCUAAGGAUUCCGGAAUGUGGGAGUGUCCAGAUUUCUACCCGGUUUUGGCUAAUGGGGUAGAGGGUCUUGACACAUCGGCAAUUGGCCAUGGGGCUAAACAUGUCCUCAAGGUCAGCUUAGAUAACACCAAACAUGAUCACUACACCAUAGGAACGUAUGAUCUUGUCAAGGAUAUCUUUACACCAGAUAAGGGAUCUGAGGAGAAUGAAUACGCAUUGAGAUAUGAUCAUGGGAAGUACUAUGCGUCGAAGACGUUUUUCGACAGUGCCAAGAAGAGGAGGAUUUUGUGGGGAUGGAUCAACGAGUCGACUAAUGCAGCCACUGAUCUCAAGAAAGGAUGGUCUGGCAUUCAGGCCAUUCCAAGGCGAAUUUGGCUGGACAGAUCUGGAAAACAGCUGCUGCAAUGGCCGGUAGAAGAGAUUGAGAAGCAGAGGAUGAAUCAAGUUGACUUGCCUGCCAGGCUGCUCAAGGGAGGUUCAGUGGUUGAAGUUUCCGGGGUCACGGCUACACAGGCAGAUGCAGAAAUUGAAUUUGAAUUUGAUAUACCAAAGCUUCAGAAGGCAGAGUUAUUGGAUCCUAAGUCGAGUGACCCACAAGCCCUUUGUAGCCAACAGGGUGCACCAGUGAGAGGUGGGCUUGGACCAUUUGGGCUGCUGGUUUUGGCUUCCAAGGGCUUGCAAGAGUACACAUCAGUCUUCUUUAGAGUCUUCCGACACCAAAAGGAAAACAAAUUUAUCGUGCUCAUGUGUAGUGAUCAAAGCAGGUCAUCAUUGCAUCUGGAUUAUGACAAGACCACAUUCAGUGUUUUUGUGGACGUUGACCCAACUCGUGAAAAGUUAUCACUAAGAAGUUUGAUAGAUCGUUCCAUAGUGGAGAGCUUCGGGGGCGGAGGGAAGGCUUGCAUCAGUGCGAGGGUGUAUCCUAGUUUGGCCAUCGAUGGGGAGGCUCAUCUCUAUGCCUUCAACAAUGGGACUCAGAGUGUGACUGUGUCAAGGUUGACUGCUUGGAGCAUGAAGAAAGCCCAGAUCAAUUAAGCCUACGCAAGAGCCCAAAUGCUAAGGACGUGUACCCUACAGUGUCGAGCACCUAUUGCCCUAUAUUUCAUCUGAUGUAUUUGAUGGAAAUUUGAAGAAUUGGGGGUUAUGUUUAAUAUGCCCCACAUUGUUAUCAAUUUUUAAAGAGAUCAAUGUUAUUAGAAGAUAAUAUUGGAAGGAUAAUUUGAUAUUAUAUAGACAACCUCAUGUUUGGAAGUUAUAUUUCAAAAUAA